GCAAAAGCACACAAGAGAAGCUCAGUAACAACAUGUUUUUUGUAAACAUCUGGAUCUGUGCUGGCCUCCUGCUGUCCCUCCCUCACUGCACGUAUCAGUCGUGCAUAGAAGGGACACCAAAACAGUGCGCCGAUGCAGAAUUUGCUCCGGGAGCCAAUUUGGCCGGGGAGGGCUUUGAUAUCACCAAAAUGGAACGUAAAGGAGCCUUUGUGCUCGACAUGAAUCAGUGGAAACGUAAAGAUGAAACAUGCAUCCUGUGUACCAACCCUUUCUUGGAGAACAAAAACCAAAAGCUACCCCUGACAGUGGUGGACUGGAGAGCAAAGCAGUCCUGCAGCGCCAAAGUUUCCACCAAACUUCACAAAUCCAGCGAGUCACUUGUCGGUUCCAGUGUCUCCUCUGUUGAAAACAACUGGAAGGUGAAUCUAGAUCUUCAAGUGGGGAAUAAAGGUGCAUCACUGAUGCUGGCUGGUACCAAUUCUCAUCUCUCGAGUUACUCCAUGGAGAAAACCAAGAAUGACAAGUACAGCUUCGCAAGCCACAGCAUGUCCUGCGAGUACUACAGCUACAGAGUGUCCAGUGCUCCAAAGCUGCACAGAGAAUUUCGCAAAGCUCUGAAAAAGCUUCCCAAAACCUACAGCGCAGAAACCAAACAACAGUUUUACAAACUCAUUGAUGACUUUGGGACCCACUACAUCACCAAGGUGAAACUGGGGGGAAGUAUCGAGUCUGUCACCAGCAUCAGACAGUGCCAGGCCAGCCUUAAGGGGCUCAGUGCCGAGGAAGUGCAGAUGUGCCUCGAAGUUGAAGCGUCUGCAAGUAUUAAAGCUACAAUAAGUACUCAAACAAAACACUGCAAAAAGGAUAUACAGCAGACAGACAGUAAGUCUGCCUUCUCCAGCCUCUUUAAUGACAGGUUCACAGAAAUAAAAGGUGGUCAUACCACAGAGCCAGACCUUCUCUUCUCUGCGGACAAAAAUCCAGAAGCCUACAAGGGAUGGCUGAGCACAUUACCACAAAACCCAGAUAUCGUGUCAUAUUCCCUGGACUCUCUGCAUGAGUUACUACCUAGCACGAACAAAGUCAGAAAAAACCUGCGCUCUGCCAUUAGCCAUUACAUCCUGGAGAAAGGCCUGUGGAGAAACUGCACUGAUCGCUGUAAGGCUGGAAUUAGAACCGACUCGAGGGAUGCCUGCGUCUGCCAGUGCCACAAUGACCCUGCCGUGAACCAAGAUUGCUGCCCUGUUCGUAAGGGAAUGGCACGGGUCAUCAUAACAAUACAGCGGGCUUCUGGUCUGUGGGGCGACCACACCACCGGUACAGAUGGAUACGUGAAGGUGAUUUUCAACAAAUUAGAAGUCCGGCGUUCUCCUGUCAUUUAUAACAACAACAACCCACACUGGGGCAUGGUCGUCGACCUGGGCUCAGAGGAUAUUUCAUCAGCUAAACUGAGAUUUGAAGUUUGGGAUGAAGACAACAAGUGGGAUGAUGACCUAUUAGGAGCAUGUGAGCCACUUCUGACUGCUGGAGUUAAAAAGGAUCUCUGUAAUCUGAACCACGGCCAACUGUUCUACAAAGUGGAUGUGCAGUGCGCUCCAAGUCUGAGCGGAAAGUCGUGCACGGACUAUAAACCUUCACCUAUGAAUUCAAGUCUGAAGAAGUUCUAUGUGUCCCGUCAUGCUCGUCCUAUUCCAGAGGCCAUCCUGUCAGAGAUGGGUGUGUUUGUGGACCAAUCAAGUUCAUGGAAAAAUCAGAGCAUUACUACCGAGAGUCCCGAGUAUGAUAGUGUGAUGCGGUGA